AAGCCUCACAAACUCUCUCUCUCUCUCUCUCUGUCUGGGAAACAUUAUCGUUUGUCUCGUAUGACAAAUAAUUCUUCUCAAAUGUGUGGCCAUGGGUUGAAAUCGAGAGAUGGAAGCACAUCCACAUUAAAUAAGCUCAUGAUUCACAUCCAUUUUAACUUCUGUUGUUACUUGUAAAUUGAGGAGUCGAUAAGUAGCGUGCCCACACAUCUCAACGCGAAGCUGCAAUAUUGGAUCAACCAAAUCGUCAUUCUUUAAAACAAACAAUGUCAAAUGUUGCAGCCACACCAUCACUUCCGAUUUUGGUGCAGAAUGCAAAACCCACCUCAGAAAACACUCGCCGUUGUGCAAAUUUUCACCCUACCAUUUGGGGGGAUUAUUUCCUUGACCAUGUUCCUGCCCUUAUGGAAGUGGAUGAAAUAAAGGAGGAGCAUAUUAGAAUAUUAAAAGAAAAAGUAAGAAAGAUGUUAGUUCUAGUAAAUGAUAGGGCCUUAACGCCUAAGGACGCUAACCUGAUUGAUUCAAUCCAACGCUUGGGAUUAUACUAUCAGUUUGAACACGAGAUUGAUGAUGUGUUGCAACAUAUUCACAGAAACUAUGUAGAAAAUGGCAUAAUAACCUUCAAUGGAGAUCUCCAUUCUAUUGCUCUUGUCUUUAGAUUACUGAGGCAACAAGGAUAUAACAUUUCGUCCGAUGUUUAUAAGAAGUUCAAGAAUGAACAAGGAAAAUUCAAUGACAGACUUGUUGCUGAUGUGGAGGGAAUGUUGAGCUUGUACGAAGCUGCCCAUCUCAGGAUUCACGGAGAAGAUAUAUUGGAAGAAGCUCUUGCAUUCACUUCUUCACACCUUGAGCUCAUGAUGACCACCCAAUUGUGUCCCUCUCUUGCCACACGAAUUAAUCAUAGCUUAAAGAGGCCACUUCGCAAGAACCUGCCAAGGCUAGUGGCGAGGCAUUACAUUUCUACUUACGAAAACGACCCUUCUCAUGAUAAAAAUUUGCUAUUACUUGCCAAGUUAGAUUUUAAUAUGCUUCAAAGGCAACAUCACAAGGAAAUUAGCGACAUUACAAAGUGGUGGAAAGAUUUGGAUUUUGCAACAAAAUUGCCUUUUGCACGCGAUAGGAUGGUAGAAGCUUACUUUUGGAUAUUAGGAGUGUAUUUUGAGCCCCAGUACUCCCUUGGUAGAAGGUUAAUGACCAAGGUGAUAUCCGUGACAUCAAUAAUUGAUGAUAUAUACGAUGUUUAUGGUACAUUAGAAGAGCUACAACUUUUCACGGAAGCAAUCAAAAGGUGGGAUAUUAGCUGCAUGGAUUUUUUACCAGAGUACAUGAGAAGUUGUUAUCAAGCUCUCAUGGAUGUAUAUAAGGAAAUUGAGCAAGAAAUGAGCAAAGAAGGAAGAGCACUUUUCGUGACCUAUGCCAAAAAUGAAAUGAAAAGAUUGGUCGAGGCCUACUUGGCUGAGGCAAUAUGGUUUAAUAGCAAUUAUAUACCAACAAUGGAAGAAUACAUGGAUGUUGCACUAGUGACUUCAGCUUACCGUAUGCUCAUAGCAACAGCCUUCCUUGGGAUGGGUAGUAUUGCUACAGAAAAGGCCUUCCAAUGGUUAACUAAUGACCCUAAAAUUGUGAAGGCUUCAACAAUUAUUGGCAGACUCAUGGAUGAUAUAGUUUCCAAUGAGUUUGAGCAGAAGAGAGGGCAUGUUGCUUCGGCCCUUGAGUGCUACAUGAAGCAACAUAGUGUCACAAAGCAAGAAGCCAAUCAUGAAUUUUAUAGACAAGUGACAAGUGCUUGGAAGGAUAUCAACGAGGAAUGCCUUGACCCUACUGAAGUGCCAAAGCCUCUCCUUAUGCGAGUCCUCAAUUUAUCUCGUGUGAUUGAUGUUCUUUAUAAAGAUGGAGACUGCUACACCAACUCCAAAGGAUCAACAAAAGAUGACGUUGAAGCCCUCCUCUUGAAUCCAUGGCCAGUAUGAGAAUAAGGGCUUUCCUUUUUGAACUGCCUUAAUACACAAUAUUGCCAUAUAUGUUCACUUUGUUGUAAAAGUAAUAAUAAAACACAAAUGAUCAAAAGUGUGGUUUCCUAUGACACUAGUUGGAGUUUCUUCGGAACAAAUGUGAGGUAGUUAAAACCAAAUCAAAUUCUAAUUGGAUGGAAUUACCCAAAACAAAUUAUAAAUCAUGUAAAACUCGCCAUCAAGCCUCACAAACUCUCUCUCUCUCUCUCUCUCUCUCGCUGGGAAACAUUAUCGUUUGUCUCGUAUGACAAAUAAUUCUUCUCAAAUGUGUGGCCAUGGGUUGAAAUCGAGAGAUGGAAGCACAUCCACAGUAAAUAAGCUCAUGAUUCACAUCCAUUUUAACUUCUGUUGUUGCUUGUAAAUUGAGGAGUCGAUAAGUAGCGUGCCCACACAUCUCAACGCGAAGCUGCAAUAUUGGAUCAACCAAAUCGUCAUUCUUUAAAACAAACAAUGUCAAAUGUUGCAGCCGCAUCAUCACUUCCGAUUUUGGUGCAGAAUGCAAAACCCACCUCAGACAUCACUCGCCGUUGUGCAAAUUUUCACCCUACCAUUUGGGGCGAUUAUUUCCUUGACCAUGUUCCUGCCCUUAUGCUUAGAACAAUUACAUCGCAAGGGAAUGCCUAGGUUGGAGGCAAGAUAUUAUAUAUCUUUCUAUCAAGAAGAUCCUUCCCAUGAUGAAAAUUUGUUAACCUUUGCAAAAUUAGAUAUUAAUAUCCUGCAGAAGCUACAUCAAAAAGAAGUCAACAGUCUCACCAAGUGGUGGACUAAGGAUUUAAAUGUCUCGGCAAAAUUUCCUUUUGCACGGGAUAGGGUUGUGGAAGGUUGCUUUUGGGUUUUGGGGAUCUACUUUGAGCCGCAGUAUUCUCUUGCUAGAAGGAUAAUGAUGAAAAUAAUGGCCAUAUCAUCCAUCAUUGAUGACAUCUAUGACGCCUAUGGAACCAUUGACGAGCUAGAGCUUUUCACCAAAGUAAUAGAGAGGUGGGAUAUAUGUUGCCUGAAUGAUCUCCCAGAUUACAUGAGAUUAUGUUAUACGGCACUUUUGGAUAUUUUUGAAGAAAUAGAGCAAGAGAUGAGACAGAAAG